GGAGACAAAUCCACGCUUUCCUUCGCCUCCUCCUCCUCCAUCGCGGUCGCGGCCAAGGCCAACGAACCAAUCCCCCCUACGGCCCACACCUUCCUCCUCCCCGCGUGCCAUCCUCCCAUCCCGGCAGGGCGUCUCCUCCUCCCUCCUUUCCAUCCCGCCUCUAUCGCCGCCUCCAUCUCCAGGCCGCGUCGAAUUUCUCCAUCCACCGCCUCCAUCUCCAGGAGGAGGAUGCUGGGCGCCGCGAGGAGGCAGCUUGGAUCCGGUCCCAUGCUGGGACAGGUUUUGCGAAGGCUCCGCCCAGCGGCGGCGGCGGCUGAGGUGGCGAGGGGCUACUCCGCCGCGGCGAAGGAGAUGAAUGUCCGUGAUGCGUUGAACUCUGCACUGGAUGAAGAGAUGUCUGCUGAUCCUUCAGUUUUUCUGAUGGGAGAAGAGGUUGGAGAGUAUCAAGGUGCAUACAAGAUUUCUAAGGGCUUGCUUGACAAAUAUGGUCCUGAUAGGGUUCUUGACACACCUAUCACAGAGGCUGGCUUUACUGGCAUUGGUGUUGGUGCAGCUUAUCAUGGUCUUCGGCCUAUUAUAGAAUUUAUGACAUUUAAUUUCUCGAUGCAGGCUAUUGAUCAUAUCAUCAAUUCAGCUGCCAAGUCAAACUAUAUGUCAGCUGGUCAGAUAUCUGUUCCUAUUGUUUUUAGAGGACCAAACGGAGCUGCUGCUGGAGUUGGUGCUCAACACUCACAGUGUUAUGCAGCUUGGUAUGCACAUGUACCAGGACUUAAGGUUCUCACACCAUACUCUUCAGAAGAUGCCCGAGGCUUGCUCAAAGCUGCUAUUAGGGAUCCUGAUCCUGUUAUUUUUCUGGAAAAUGAAUUGCUUUAUGGAGAAUCUUUCCCAGUUUCUGCUGAAGUGCUUGAUUCUAGUUUUUGCCUACCGAUUGGGAAAGCUAAGAUAGAACGUGAAGGUAAAGAUGUUACCAUUACUACCUACUCCAAGAUGGUUGGCUAUGCUCUCCAGGCUGCAGAGAUACUGUCCAAGGAAGGAAUCAGUGCUGAGGUGAUCAACCUUCGAUCGAUUAGACCACUUGACAGGGCUGCUAUUAAUGCAUCUGUCAGGAAAACCAACCGAUUGGUGACUGUUGAAGAAGGGUUCCCCCAACAUGGGAUUGGUGCCGAGAUAUGCAUGUCUGUUGUAGAAGAAAGCUUCGAGUACCUUGAUGCACCAGUUGAGAGGAUUGCUGGAGCUGAUGUACCUAUGCCUUAUGCUGCCAACCUUGAGAGAAUGGCUGUUCCACAGGUCGAUGACAUUGUGCGGGCCGCAAAGCGGGCCUGCUACAGGGCAGUACCAAUGGCAGCAGCUGCCUGAUUGGUGGACAAGCCUUUCUGUUUUCCUUCCCUCGGCUUUCGCUCUCUAGCCAGAGACAUGUAGUAUUCAUAAGGUGCAGGCAAAUUGGCCGGACCCCAGACUCCAAGCGAGCUAAUUUUGUAGAUCUGCCAUGGUGUGCUUUAUUCCGUUAGUCGAUAUUUGCUGCAUUCUUUCUAGUAUCGAGUCCAUUUGCUUUUCUAUGACUUCUACACACGGCCAAAUAAUCUUGCUAAGGUCCUGAUUGAAUGCAGAGUAUUUUUUGGAGUUUAGGAAUGGUUUUGUGAAAUACUUUGGUUUUGGAGUAACAUGAAGUGUUUGGAUGCAA